AUGUCUCUCUUGGCCUCACCCACCCCCUUCCUCUUCCUCCUCCUCCUCCUCUUCCUCCAGCAGCUGCCUCCCUGUCAGCCGGAGUCCGACCGCACUGACCCCAGCGGCGACCCCAGCCUGAGAGCGGUCACGCCCUCCAUGUUCCCCUCUUCCCCUCCCACCUCCACGCCCCUCGGGAACAGCACCUUGUCCACGAGGAGACAGAAGUGUGACGAGCCGACCGUGUGCCGGCCCGGCAUCGUGCUGCCCGUCUGGAAGCCCAUGAACCCGGGGCUGGGAGCCAAGGUGGCCAGAGCCGUGGUCUACUUUGUGUCGCUCAUGUACAUGUUCCUGGGGGUGUCCAUCAUCGCCGACCGCUUCAUGGCGUCUAUAGAGGUCAUCACAUCGCAGGAGAAGGAGGUGACCAUCACGAUGCCAAACGGAGAAACAUCAGUAGCAACGGUUCGAAUCUGGAAUGAAACUGUGUCCAACCUGACGCUCAUGGCUCUGGGCUCCAGCGCUCCGGAGAUACUGCUGUCUGUUAUAGAGGUGUGCGGCCACAACUUUGAGGCUGGCGAGCUCGGCCCGGGAACCAUCGUUGGCAGCGCCGCCUUCAACAUGUUUGUGAUCUUGGGGAUCUGCGUGUGGGUGAUCCCGACCGGCGAGACCCGCAAGAUCAAGCACCUCCGGGUGUUCUUCAUCACCGCCUUCUGGAGCAUCUUCGCCUACAUCUGGCUCUACCUCAUCCUGUCCGUCAUGUCGCCGGGCGUGGUGGAGGUGUGGGAGGCCCUCGUGACCCUGCUCUACUUCCCGGUGUGCGUCCUCCUGGCUUGGAUCGCUGACCGCCGCCUGCUCUUCUACAAGUACAUGGGCAAGCGUUACCGCGCCGACAAGCGCCACGGCAUCGUCGUGGAGACCGAAGGAGACCUGACUCCCAGCAAGGGCGGCAUGGAGAUGAUCGUAGACGGCAAGUUCCCGCCAAGAGGGGGCGCCGUGGUCCCUGCAGAAAACGGCGGCGGAGCUCAGGACGGGGCGGGAGGCGCGGCGGCCAAUAACGUUGGUGCGGGAGCCAUGGCAACGGGAGCCGGGGGCAACCUGCCCACCUCCAGCAGCAUGGUGGUCAAUGCAGAGAGCAGCAAGGAGCUGGACGAGAGCCGCAAGGAGGUGAUUCGGAUCCUGAAGGAGCUGAAGCAGAAAUAUCCCGACAAAGAGCUGGACCAGUUGGUGGAGCUGGCCAACUACUACGCCCUGCUGCACCAGCAGAAGAGCAGGGCCUUCUACCGCAUACAGGCGACGCGCAUGAUGAUCGGAGCCGGUAACGUCCUGAAGAGACACGCGGCCGACAACGCCCGGCGCACAGCUGUGGUGGACGAGGAGGCGCCGGAGGACAGCGACCUGGGGAUCUGCAGCCGCAUCUCCUUCGAGAGCGCCCACAGCCAGUGCAUGGAGAACUGUGGCAUCCUCACACUGGCUGUCGUCUGCCUGGGCGGCCUGGGAGAGAACACCUUCUACGUCGACUACAGGACUGAAGAUGGUUCAGCCAACGCCGGCUCAGACUACGAUUACAGCGAAGGGACGUUGGUGUUCAAACCGGGAGACACUCGCAAAGACAUCAAGGUUGGGAUAAUCGAUGAUGACAUAUUCGAGGAGGACGAACACUUCUUCGUGCGCCUGUUGAACCUGCGUGUCGGCGACCCCGAGGGGAUGUUUGAGAGCGACGAGGUGGGCGCCGCCCCGAAAGCUCGCCUGGUUGAGCCCCUGGUCGCCACGGUGACCAUCCUGGACGACGACCACGCUGGCAUCUUCACGUUCAGCGAGCGCAUGGUGCGGGUGAGCGAGAGCGUGGGCACCAUGGAGGUGACGGUGAACCGCAACUCUGGCGCCCGUGGCACAGUCAUCCUGCCGUACCACUCCGAGUCCGGGAGCGCCAAGUCCGGGGAAGACUACGAGGACGUCAGAGGAGAGCUGGAGUUCAACAACGACCAAACCACUCAGACGUUCCAGGUGAGGAUAAUUGAUGAUGAAGAAUAUGAAAAACAUGAAAACUUCUACAUUGUGUUGGAGGAGCCGCGCUGGUUGAAGAGAGGAAUUUCAGCUCUUCUGCUCAACCAAGAAGGGGUGGAGGGACAGAUGAGCUCGGAGGAGGAGGAGGCUCGCAGGAUAGCCGAGAUGGGGAAGCCCAUCCUGGGAGAGCACAGCCGCCUGGAGGUCGUCAUCGAGGAGUCGUACGAGUUCAAGAGCACAGUGGACAAGCUCAUCAAGAAGACCAACCUGGCGCUGGUGAUCGGCACUCACUCGUGGAGGGAACAGUUUGUGGAGGCGGUGACUGUCAGUGCAGGUGAUGGCGAUGAAGACGAGGAAGGUCAACAGGAGAACCUCCCGUCGUGUUACGACUACGUGAUGCAUUUCCUCACCGUCUUCUGGAAGGUGCUGUUCGCCUGCGUCCCGCCCACAGAGUACUGGAACGGCUGGGCCUGUUUCCUGGUCUCCAUCAGCUCCAUCGGCCUCCUCACCGCCGUCAUCGGGGACCUGGCGUCGCACUUCGGCUGCACCGUGGGACUGAAGGACACGGUGACGGCCGUGGUGUUUGUGGCGUUGGGGACUUCUAUUCCAGACACCUUUGCUAGCAAAGUGGCCGCCAUGCAGGACCAACACGCCGACGCAUCCGUUGGAAACGUCACCGGUAGCAACGCCGUCAACGUCUUCCUGGGGAUCGGCGUGGCCUGGUCAGUGGCCGCCAUCUAUUGGAAUAUCAAUGGGAAGGAGUUCAGAGUGGAUCCGGGGUCGCUGGCUUUCUCCGUCACCAUCUUCACCGUCUUCGCGUUCAUCAGCAUGGGCGUGCUCCUGUUCCGACGCCGGCCCUCCAUCGGGGGGGAGCUCGGCGGCCCGAGGACGGCCCGCAUCCUGACCACCAUGCUGUUCCUCGGCCUGUGGUUCCUCUACAUCCUCUUCUCCAGCCUGGAGGCCUACUGCCACUUCGGCAGCUUUUAA